CCACCUGCAGCAUAAACUGCAUUCGGGCUUGCAACGAAGAGAAUUCCAUCGUGUGCAACCAGUCACUGAUCCUGAUAUCUGAUGUCACCAACUGGAUGCUGGAGAAGAACCACGUGGCAUUUGAGAAUAUGAAACGGGACUGUAUGGGCAAAGAGUCAUGUGACCCGUCCAAGGUGUGCGGCCCUCAGUAUAGACAGUCAUUGGUUGUCCAUUACCUGUGUGUUGAUG